AUGAUUUCAAAAUUUAAAAAUAUACAAUUUAUUAAAAUUCUUAUUGUUGGGAUACUUCCUUGUUUGAACGCACUUUUUUGGUUAGGUUUUAUUUCCAAUGGGUUGUUCGCAAUGUAUAGUAUGCAUUUUAUAUGCAUGAUUCUUGUCCCAACAUUUUGUUACGGCUUCAAAUUUCUUAGAAGCAAUUUAAGUGAUGUUAUAGAAUAUGGAAAAAAUUUUGACAUAAUGAAGUGCAUAUAUAUUUGCUUUUUUACCUCGGCUUCUGGGACCGCAUGCCUUUUUUUGCUAUUAGAAGUAUCAAAAAUAAUUCCAGCAUUCGACCUUUUAAAAAUUGAAGGAAUCAGAGAUGGACUAAUAAAAGAAGGGAUAAUAAAAGAUCCAAAAGAUGGCCUUAGUUUUUUUAUUUGGUUUUCAAGUAUCUACUUUUCAAUAGUUAAUCCAAUUAUAGAAGAGCUUUUUUGGAGAUCUUUUGUUUAUAAAGAAUUAACCAUGUCAUUAAGAAUUCAAAACGAAUCAAAUUUACGGUCAAAUUAUAUUAUUAACGAAAUCAGAGAUAAUUAUUCAGACUUUCUAAUGGCAAGAGAUCAUAGCAAUUAUUUAAUUGAAAAGUGUCAGGAUAUCGAAAGUGGGCAAAUUAACUACAAAGAAAACACUGAACUUGCAAGUAUCAUUUCCUCUGCAUUAUAUUCACUUUAUCACUUUUUUGUGCUAAUACAUUUCACCUCUAUCACCUUCUCGGCACUAUCAACAGUUUCGUUAGCAAUUGCCGGCAGAAUGUUGCUAUACGUCAGCAGAAAGCUCGAUAUCAUAUACUCUAUUUACAUUCACAUCGGGAUGGACAUAUCAAUAGUACUAUUUUUAAUGCUAUCUUUGAAAGAGAGAAAAAUCUAA